AUGACAAAUCAAGAUAAAUUUCCAGAAGUUUCAGAAGACGAUCUUGUUAAUUUCCACAAAAGCCAUUUCAAUGAUCAUUUAUCACAAUUUUUUAAUUUUUUUUUGGAAAAAAAUGAAGAAAAUAUAUGCAAAAAUGCAAACUUUUUAGAACCUAUUAAAUAUCCGGAUGGAAAUAUUAGGACACUAGAUGACGAAGAUAUUGCGUAUUUUAAGUGGUCAGAAUCAUUUAAAUCAUCAAAACCAGAUCAUACAACUUAUAUUAUUUCUAACGAAGAUAAACCAGAUUUACUUGAAAAAACUGAAAUAUCACGAGAAGAACUUAAACCUUAUAUACCUUCUUAUUCUAAACUCAUCAGAAAUGACCAAGAACUUUUUCAAAAAUAUGGAGAAAAAUAUAAAAUGAUUAUAGAAGCGGAAGAUGCACUUGAUUCCUAUUAUUAUAAAAUCUCGCAAAUGGAUGAUGAUUUUUGUAAAGUAAGCAGAAAAAAGAUUAAAAUCAAUUACUGGCCAGCCAUACCUAUCCGUAUUUGA